CACUGCAAAACAAGGAUAUGCCGGAAGCGAUUGGAUGUUAUUCUCCUCUCCAAAGCAAAUGUGCGUCCGCUUUUCUUUCAACUUUUUCUUCUAAGCAUUGAGCGCAUGCAUCUCUGAAAUUAUCAUCACACAGAUAGAGGGUAAAGAUGACUUCUGUUCCAUCCAAGACUGAAAGCCCUACCAAAACCUGCCCUCACGCAGCCAAGUUCAUCCAGAAUGGAGAGGAGACUAAAGGAGAAGACCCAUGGGAAAGGAAGUGGAUUCGCCCUGAUGCCAAAAGCAAGUGCACUUGGAAACUGGGGGCCCCCAUUGUAGAGUCCCCUCACUUUCACUCAGAAUUAACAAAAACUCCGAGCAUCAUGCGAAACAUUUUGGAGAAAGUGGGCGACACCCCACUGGUGAAAAUCAAUAAGAUUGGCAAGCAUUUUGAGCUGAAAUGCGAAAUGUUGGCGAAGUGUGAAUUCUUCAAUGCAGGAGGCAGCGUGAAGGACAGGAUCAGUCUGCGCAUGGUGGAGGAUGCAGAGAGAGAUGGCCUUCUGAAACCAGGAGACACCAUUAUUGAACCUACAUCUGGGAACACUGGUAUUGGCCUUGCUUUGGCUGCAGCUGUCAAGGGUUACCGCUGUAUUAUUGUCAUGCCUGAAAAAAUGAGCAUGGAAAAGGUGGAUGUACUGAGGGCCCUGGGAGCAGAGAUUGUGAGGACACCCACCAGUGCCAGGUUUGACUCCCCAGAGUCCCAUGUGGGUGUCGCCUGGAGGCUGAAGAAUGAAAUCCCAAACUCCCACAUUCUUGACCAGUAUCGAAAUCCCAGCAACCCCCUGGCUCACUAUGACACUACAGCUGAGGAGAUUAUCCAGCAGUGUGAUGGAAAGGUUGAUAUGCUGGUGGCUGGAGCUGGGACAGGGGGCACCAUCACUGGCAUUGCCAGAAAACUUAAGGAGAAGUGCCCUAACUGCAAGAUUAUCGGAGUGGAUCCUGAGGGCUCUAUCCUUGCUGAGCCGGAGGAAAUGAACAAGACCGAUAAGACCUUGUACGAAGUGGAGGGGAUCGGCUAUGACUUCAUUCCCACAGUCCUUGACAGAUCGGUGGUGGAUCAGUGGUACAAGAGCAAUGAUGAGGAGUCCUUCUCCAUGUCCCGCAUGCUUAUUAAGGAGGAGGGGCUACUGUGUGGAGGUAGUUCUGGGACUGCCAUGGCUGCAGCAGUGAAAGCAGCACAGGAGCUGGAGGAGGGCCAGCGCUGCGUAGUCAUCCUGCCUGAUUCCAUCCGCAACUACAUGUCUAAGUUCUUGAGUGACAAGUGGAUGAUCCAGAAAGGGUUCCUGAAGGAGGAAGAUGUCAUGGUGAAAAAGCCCUGGUGGUGGAACUUAAAAAUCCAGGAGCUGAACCUCUCUGCGCCUCUAACUGUGCUGCCCUCUGUCACCUGCCAGAGAACAAUUGAGAUUCUCAAAGAGAAGGGCUUUGACCAGGCCCCAGUCGUGAAUGAAUCAGGGCUUAUUUUGGGAAUGAUCACAUUGGGAAACAUGCUUUCUUCUUUGCUCGCUGGCAAAGUCCAACCAUCUGAUCCGGUCAGCACAGUCCUGUACAAACAGUUUAAAAAGAUCCAUCUGAAUGAUAACCUGGGUAAACUGUCCUGUAUCCUGGAAACAGAUCACUUUGCUCUUGUGGUUCAUGAGCAGAUUCAAUGUGAGGUUGAACAGUCUGUCAGCAAAUCAGAAAGGCAACAAUAUUAUUUAAAAGACCGUGUGGAUGGAUCUUCUGACAAAAAACAGAUGGUGUUCGGAGUUGUUACAGCUAUCGACAUGCUCAACUUCGUUGCCUCAAAGGAGAAAAGGCACACUGAGAACUGAACGUCUUUGAAAACAUCCUGUUGAAAAAAGCUGAAUGUAAUAUUCUUUCUUUCUUUAAUAUCUGUCUAUCCAGUUACCAUGGUUACGUAUGUACAUGGCUAAUACCAUUUAUCAGACUUCUACCUACAUCAUCACUGCCUGUGCCGCUUAAUGUCAGCAGCCGCCAUAUGUAGAAUUAACAAGCAUGUAAAGCACACAAAUGUCGUAUUUUGUGUUCAGUAGGAGAAAUUUAUCUCGCAAGUAUAAUAGCGUAACCUGCGCAGACAUAACUUGAAUGCAGCAUGUUCUACAGCAGCGCACCAUAGUAACUGGAGACAUUUAUUGUGUGGUUAUAUAAUAUUCUGACGCAUCUCUCUCCUACUUUUUGUUUAAUGAUAGUGACCCCACAUGACUGGUAAAUUAAGUCUGAGGGAUAGGAUUUCUACAGAAAGAUGGUCAUAUAUCUCUGUAUGUACCUAUAUAAAGCACUAUUCUGAA